CUUCCGUUUCGAAUGACGCUCUUGGCAUUUGGCACAGUACUAGCGAUUUAAAUAUUCAUGCGAAUGCUUUUAAGUCUGACAACAAUAAUGGACGCGUUUUAAUAGAUUCAGAAUGAGUGAAACACCACCAGGCGAUUUGAGAAGUCUGUCUCCGGAAUCUGGGAUUGUUCUGGAGGGGACAGAAUGUUCGGUAAAUUCAAACGCAACUGAGAAAACGCUGGAGGAAUUGGCAGCGCAGGAGUCUGCAAGAAGCAAUGGUCUCCCACCUAGUCAUCUGUAUAAUUUUAACUUAGCUAAUCCAGAGGAAAUAACAUCGAUGCUUGAAAAUGUUGACUUAACUGAUGAGGACACCGAUGUUUUGUUGCAGGAAGCAUACAACAUCAACCGAAAGCUGAAGGAAAUUUUACGGAGACGCGAAGAGGGACAUGUGCUGAGUGCAGCAGAUCAAGCAAUUCUUAAUCAAAUGAUCGUAGUGGUACCAGGAUCAAACAAAGAUGGUCGUGCCGCUACAGCCGAGGAGACUCAGCCAUCAACAGGCGAUACGUUGGACAUGCCCAGGAAGGAACCCUUGCCCCCGAUAAAAACAGACAGUGAACAAAAUCCACGUGUAGCUUCUGCAAUAUACAGUGCUAAGUUGAAUAGAAGAGCACCUCAGGUGCCUUCAUCUGGUCGUCCAGGUAUGAGAAUCCCAGGGGGGACAAUGUCAGGGAAUGUAUACGGGAGGAAAGAUAGCCGAAUAGGAUCCGGAGUUUCCCGGAAGAGUGUUCAGAAACCGGGAUCUUCAGUCAAGAAAGGUGCCUCUGGAGUCAAACGUGAGAAGCCACCUGUCCCAAUAGCGGAGCGGCCUCCUUGGAAUGACAGACUAUAAGAAUAUGUCAUAUGUCUUACUAAAAUACUUUGUAAAUAAUAAUUUUCUUAUUUAAAUUUGUUGCUCAUAAUGUUGUUAUCACCAUAUUCCAUAUUCGUAAUACAUUUUGAAAUACAAUGUAUCAUAAUGUGAUAUCAUUAAAAAGUAUACAAUUGCAUGUAUUAAUUUAAAAGUUAAUGAUUAAAUAUUGAUUAUUCACAUCAAUGCAUUUACAAUUCGUGCUUGAAUUUAUUUAUAUAUUUGAUUUUUAUUUUUUAUGCAAGCCACAUUUUUAUGCAACGAACAUUUUAUCAAUAAUUUGUUUUUUGGUCGUAAUGUGUAUUGUAACAAAUAUUUAUACAAUGUCACACAAGUGUAUUGCAUUUUAAUACUUCAAUGUGGAGAAUGAAAUUAACUGAAUAAAAAAUGUUAACAUGAAACGUCUCUCUCUCUCUCUCUCUCUCUCUCUCUCUCUCUCUCUCUCUCUCUCUCUCUCAUUACGUUUUUGUUUUAAGAUAAAUGUCUACAACAUAAUCAGAUAUCAUUUUUCAUGAAUUGUAACAAGGAUUAUUAAAUGGUAUGUUUUUGUUACCCCCGAACUUUGGAAUAAUAGAAAACGCACGAAAAAAUAAGUGAUAAAGUUUGAAUGAAUAAUACAUGUAGAUUAAUUGUGAUUUUAUAUUUUAUUGUUUUCUGGGGUUUUUUUUCCCCGAUAACCCCCGAACGUCAUUAUAUAUUUACCUAAAAUGUAAAAGUUAUACGCUACCAUGAACAAUCAUCAAUAUCUGCAUUAUAUCAACAAAUAA